CCCAGCACAUUUUUUUGGGACACAUGUGCUCCUCACGCUAUACUUUUGGCCCAAGGAGGCGGUAUCGUUGACCUGAAGGUUGCUCUAUCUCUGGCAGAUCAGGCCCUGCGGAUGGACUUCAGCUCCGGUGUGACAAAUAACAGCUCCACUGCCAAAAGCGUAUCUGAUUUGUUCAGUUUCCAUGAUUCUCUCUCUUGGUUGGUAGUUCGCCUGGCCUCUGUGCAACUCAAGUACCGGUCUCUUCCGACCGAGCCUCCAGCUGGGGAUAGCUGCUCUUCUGUGAGUGUUGAGAUCUUCUUUUCUCUAUCCAUCCAUAUAUUUUCGCUUUUUAUUCAUCCUUUGAUUUGGGUAAAGGAUUAUUUCGUGUGA